AUGGCAACGCUCUGGCUGCCCAGGCCGACCGUUCCGGCGGGAAGCGGGAGUGCAGCGGCGCUGGCGGCAGGCGGGGCUGCGAGCGCGGAGGGCCCGUGGCGGCCCGGGCCGCUGCAGGACGAGACCCUGGGCGUGGCGUCCGUGCCCUCGCAAUGGAGGGUCGUCCAGGGCGUCCGCGGGGAGACGAAGAGUUGCCAGACAGCCAGCAUUGCCACAGCUGAGGCGGGCAUCCAGGUCCGGCAGCGCGCGGAAGCCCAGGUGCAGACAGAGGCCCCCGCGCCCCCCGCGCCCCCCGCGCCCCGGCCCGACGCUCCCGGGCUGCUCGCCUUCCUUCGCCGCGUGGAGCCGGCAGUCACCCGCGAACUGAACCGGAACUGGCAGAGCCAUGCGUUCGAUGGCUUCGAGGUGACCUGGGCUGAGCCACAGCAGACGGUGACCUGUCUGCACACGCUGGGCUACCCACCAGCCCAGGAGCAGGGUCUGCAUGUGACCAGUGUGUCCUGGAAUGCCACCGGCUCCGUGCUGGCUUGUGCCUAUGGCCGGCUGGAUGACGGGGAUUGGAGUACACUCAGGUCCUACGUGUGUGCCUGGAACCUGGACCGGCGCGGCCUGCAACCCCAGCAGCCAUGGGUGGUGGUGGAAGUGCCCAGUGCCACCAUGUGCCUGGCCUUCCACCCCACACAGCCUUCUCAGGUUGCAGGAGGGCUGUACAGUGGCGAGGUGCUGCUGUGGGACCUGAGCCGGCUGGAGGACCCGCUCCUGUGGCGCACAGGCCUGACUGAUGACAGCCACAUGGACCCAGUGUGCCAGGUAGUGUGGCUGCCCGAGGCUGGGCGUGGCCACUGUUUCCGGUUGCUGAGUGUGGCCCCUGAUGGCAAGGUGCUGCUCUGGCAGGGGGGUGGCCCGGGCGGCCUGCAGCUUCGUGAGGGCUUCGCCCUGGUCCUGCAGCAGUUGCCUCGGAGUGCCAGGCUGAAGAAGCCUCCCCGGGGCGAGACCGAGGUGGGUGCCACAGCAGUGGCCUUGUCCAGCUUCGAUCCCAACCUCUUCAUCCUGGGUACAGAGGGUGGCUUCCCACUCAAGUGCUCCCUGGCAGCGGAAGAGCCAGCCCUGGCACGGACGCCCAGUUCCGUGUGCCUUCGGGCCCCCGCUCGCUUUGUCUUCUCACCGCAUGGCGGCCCCAUCUAUUCUGUGAGCUGCUCCCCGUUCCACAGGAACCUCUUCUUGAGUGCAGGGACCGACGGCCACGUCCACUUGUACUCCAUGCUGCAGGCGCAGCCCCUGACCUCGCUGCGCCUGUCCCACCGGUACCUGUUUGCUGUGCGCUGGUCCCCUGUGCGCCCCUUGGUCUUUGCAGCUGCCUCUGGGGAAGGUGAUGUGCAGCUGUUUGACCUCCAGAGAAGCUCCCAGAAGCCCACCGUGUGCGUUGUGCAGACCCAGGAUGGAAGCCCCGUCUACUGUCUUGAGUUUAACAUCCAGCAGCCUCAGCUCCUGGCUGCUGGUGACGCCAAGGGCACAGUCAAGGUGUGGCGGCUGAGCUCUGCCUUCACUGAACAAGGGCCCCGGGAGACGGAGGACCUGGACCAGCUAGCAGCUGAGGUGGCCACCUGAGGAUGACAGGGACUCCCGACCCCCAGCCCCUACUCUCUGGUUCAGGUGUGAGCUGAAUGAAGAGGUGAAACCUC